ACUUAUUGCAUUCCUGCUCAAAUGAACUUAACAAUUCUGCGGAAUUAAAAGAAAUACGUUAUGUCCAGCAUAAUAUCAAACCACGGACAUAUUCUCUACCGGAAAUGCGACUGCAGGAGUAAAACUGGGAACGACCUGCAGCUGCUGAAUACGGAUAAUGUGACCAAUUACGGAUUUAUGAUGACGGGCAAAUGCACGGGAGAGGCCAAUCCACAAACUCUAAAGGUGAAGACCUUCAUCAAUCACGGUACUUUGGUGCUCCACAAGUGUCACUGCAACUCCCCAUUCCUUGAAAUCAUAGAUUUAUUCAACUACGGAACCGUGAUCAACUGCUUGAGUUCCUGUAAGUUGACUAAAAAAUGUGACCUCAAGGCCAUUGAAGUUGCAGAAUAUAGAGCACACAUGGAAUCCAAGGAAAUAAGUGUGCCUGUCCAGAAAUCACUUGAUACACCAUUGGACCUGAGUGCUUCAAAUAGCUUAGUUUCAUGCCCCGAGGAAACUACACAAGAUUUUGACUUGCCAAAGGAAUGCAACGAAUCACUGGAUGUUUCGCUAAAUGCACAAAAUUUAGAAACCCAAAAGGAAUGUUCAGGUUUACCAAAGAAAACUCUAAAGGUUCCUAAGGAACCCGUACAAACCACCGAAAAUUUGCCAAAAAAGCUCCGUGUGUACACAGUAAGCGAAGCUAUCAAACAAUCUACGCCACAAGAAGAGGCCCUUCCUGUCCAGAAGCCACAUGCACCACAAAUGUGUCCUAGAUGCGUCAAAUCCUUUCAGAGUUAUGUUAACGAUCCGAAAAACGCACCAAUGCUGCCGAAAAUAACUAAAUUCAAGUGCCCCCACUGCCUAAACACCAAGGCCAACAAGAUGGAGUACCAGGCUCACACGGCCAUCUGUCAGCAGGAGCCGAAGCCCUACAAGUGCCUGGGAUGCCGCUACAAAUCCACCAAAUCGUCAAGUGUUAAUGGACACUCUGCCACUUGUUUCUUACUGCAUGCCGUCAAGUACUACCAAUCUUUUUGCCUUACAUCAAAGCAUUGCAGUAACUGA